GGGGCCGGGGCGACGUGCGGCCGGCCGGGCCUGGGGGCUGAGGGACGGCCGACCCUGGGCACGCUCCGGGGGAGGCAGAGCGGGCCGGCCGGGCAGGAUUCGCUCCCGAGCCAAAGCGGGGCGGUGAUGCUGCGGUUUUGCUUUUGUUUUGUGCCCAAAUCCAGACGACACGGUGAGGGGCCGUGCCCAGAGGGAUGCGGGAACGGGGCCGGCGGCGAGGGCAGCGAUGCUCAGCAAACGCCUCAGUGCACGCAGCCGUCAGCCAGAAGACCAAAGAGGGUCUAACCCCUGUCUGUGAUGCUGUGGGACCCUCCCCUGGCAUUCUUUGCAGUUGAUACUUGGAUAGGAUCCUACUUGUCAGCAUGAAAGGACAAGCUGCACACUGUGACUGGAAAUGUGCAGCCCAGAGGAAGGCCUCUCCCUGCGAUCGAUACAAACACGCCUGUGUUGUCUGCAGAGGAUUUGUUUAUCUCUAUGGAGGGCGAAACACCGCCAGUCUCAGAGAUUUUUGGCGAUACAAUAUAGCGAGGAAUGAAUGGGAAAUGCUGGAGUGCUCAGGAGAUGGACCAGAAGAACUGGAAGAACAUUCAAUGGUGGCUUAUAAGGGCGCCCUGUAUAUUUUUGGUGGAAUGGUGGAUUCUGCUUUUACGCAAGCAAAAACCCCUCUCUGGAUAUAUGACACAGAUUCUGCAAGAUGGACAGAGGGCCACGACGUACCAGCAGAGAUGGAGAGUUUGGCACCUACUAACAGAAAAGGCCACAGUGCAGUAGUGUACCGUGCCAGCAUGUACAUCUAUGGGGGAUAUGUUGGCAUCAGAGGCAUUUCACAGGAAUUUUGGACUUUCCAUUUUGAUACAAGAAAAUGGUUAUAUGUUUCCAACCUAUCUCACAACACUGGCCCAGGACCUCGGCACGGUCAUUCUGCAGUAGUUUAUCGUACAGCCAUGUACCUCUUUGGAGGACUGGUGGGGCUGAGUGAACAGAAAGAUUUAUGGAAGUGGGACUUUGGAAACAGCAGCUGGCAUAACAUCAGAGCAAGCCAAGGACCUCCUCCAGCAGUAGGUCAUGCUUCAGUAGUCUUCAAAGAUUCAAUGCUGGUUUUUGGUGGAGGGAUUUCCAACUCCAGUCCUAAUGAAGACUUCUGGAAGUACCAUUUCCAUACGCAGACAUGGAAGAAGCUAAGUGACAUUAUGAAGGCAAACUUUUCUCCUAAAACAUAUCACUGCAUGCUAGGAAUUGGCGUUGGCUUUCAAACUACCUCAGAUUUCACUAAUACAUUCUCCAGUCACUGGAAGAGUAAGAAGGUGCACCACCAGCUGGUGACCAUCCCAAAGCACUCCCACUUCUGCAGCUACUUCCGCCAGCAGCCUGCAUACCGAGCGUUCAGCAACGAGGACAGUGGUGCCAUUGAAAUGAAAACCUUUAGCUUCCCUCUGGAGCCAGUGGGCUUUUGUGCAUUUCAAACCUCUUCAGAGGUGGAAGUAGACCCAAAGAGAGCAACAAGCAUUUUGACAAAGGACAGGUCUGCUCCUCUGUUUCUCUCUUCUGAAAAAGAGACUUUUGCUGCUGCUGCGCUUGUGGAACAAGAGGAGGGAACCAACUGUCAGCAUGCAGCUGCAGGAGAUGAAGUUAGCAGCGAUGCCAAUGUGCUGCUGCUCAUUGGAGGCAAACCUUUGUCCAGCUUCUCUGAAAUCUCAUUCUGUCAAGUGGGGUUUGAUAGCUUGUCAUCCCUUUGAAUGCAAAGCAAAAGGACAAAUCCCCACCAAUGUGCUAGGAGGCAACGAACCAAACAACCAACCAGUGUUUUCAGUUUUCUGUCAGCUCACUGGGAAAAGAACAAAACCUUCCCACACAUGCUAUGCACAGAUUUUUUUACAAUGUGAACAAAAACCUCUCUAUACACGUAAGCCACAACUGACAUAAGAAAUACAGUUCCCAAGGGAGCUUGUUGGAACUUUGCUGCCAUUGUUACUUUUCACUUUUGAUCACCUAACAUCCUAAAAUCACUGUGGCUGAUGCUGCAUUGAAAAUCAGAUCUGCAGUAACCCCUACUGACUCCAUAACUGCCAUUUGAAAUGUUUGCUCAUCUUGUGAUGUGCCAAGUAAUAGAUACACACCUCUAAAACUGCAGUGUAAUCCAGUUCGGGCAUGUUACUGUCACAUUUGCCUAUGAGGGAUCUGAUGAAUCCUAAUGGCUUUUUCUUCAGAGAACCCUCUUUGCACAAUGUGUCUAUAACAGCAGAUGGCAUAUUGCAUUGAGUACGUGAGCCUUUGUGUGGUUUAUUUUCUUUGUUUAAAAUGUCAUGAGCAUUCAGAUUCACCAAGAAAGAUGUUUUUUGGAGAGAGAACAUUGUCCAGCAUUUCAGGUAUUUCUGUGUAAGUUACUGAGGUAUUUGCCUUCAAGGUAUUGGCCUUCUGAUUGAAUUCAGCAUCCUCUAUGAAGAAAUUACAAUGUUUGAAAGAAAUAUUUAAUAUUUCCAUUUUUAAAAAAAAAAAAACAGUUCUCAAGAGUUUCACAGGAAUUAUGAAUUUUAAGUGGAAGUAUUUACAGAUACUUUCUUCAUCUUUUCACAAGUUGCUGUCCCAUGAAAUCAGUACAAAAAUUACAGAUGGGGUUGCAAAAAGCUAUUUAGGAACUACUUGGAUCUUCAGUGACCUUUGGAAAUUGUAUGCUGCUGUAUAAGUAAAGCAUGCUGCACUUCCCAUCAGUGUGUACUUGUUUUCUGUGCUUUCAUGAAUUUAAAAUAUAUAUUUACGCUUUCCAAAUAGCAAAGAACUUGCCUCUUGGAACAAAGAGCGCACUCCUACAAGCACCAGCCAUCUCACAAACAAUCCUGCAGGCCUUAUUGCUGCUCAGGUUUUGGAUUUCUUUUCCAGGAUCAUGAAUCGCCCACUUGGAGGAGGCACGUUUGAGAACUUCUUACAGCAACCAGGCUGAGCACAUGCAGGGCACUGCAGCCUUAACUCAGCAGCAAGCAUUUCUUUCGCUGGCUGACGUUGGCCAAUGACGUCUGGCAUUAUCCAGAGAGGUGCUGUAAUAUACAGACUUCUGUCUAGGAUUGAUGAGGGAAUACAAUUUAUCUGGAAAGUGUAACAAUAAACCAGUGAUUUGCCAAGUAAUGAGAAGGUCUCCUGGCACAUCCCUGUAUCCUGGAGAUGCACAACAGCCCAGGAGGAUGCCAUCCAGCCUUUGCCAUUCCUUUCGCGCUCCCCCCAGCCUUCCUUCCCUUUGACAGUCCCACAGAGGGUGUAGCAUUUACUUGGAGGCAAUGCAGGCAGGACACGAGCCAGCUCUAAGGAAAAGGCGUGGCAUAGGGACCAAAAAGCAGCUUGCAGGAUGUGCCCAUCUCCUCCAUGUCCUCCCCCCCCAGAAGGUGAGCCGAGUUGGGGCUGCAUCAACACUUAUGAUGCAG